AUGGGACAUGCUGCCAAACACUUGCGGGGCUGCCAGAUGUGCAGAAUCAGGAGAAUCAAGUGUGACCGCACAUGGCCGACUUGCAAGCAAUGCGUCAAGAUACGGUGCGAUUGCCCUGGGUAUCGAGACAUUCAUCCCUCGCCUCCACUUCCAGCGACCGGAAGGAAUGGCCCAUCCGAGCAAAGCAAAGCUUCACCGUCUGCGACAAAACGUAUAGCCCCCAAGACCGACAAGGACACGGACAAACCAUCAGAGGAUUCCAAGUCAAGGACAUCCACUGCAGCCGGUACCAAACGCCUCCUACCUCACCCUCAGUUGUCUGCCGACGAACUAGCGUCAUGUCAUUUCAUCUCCAACUACGUCCUUAUUCCUCGUCAAAAUCUGCCGACGAACCGGGGCUUUUUGGAGUUUGUAGUUCCUUUGCUGAGGCAGAAAUCUAAUUCCCCUCAAUUCUUCUAUGCUUUCAAAGCUUGCGCCCUGGCUUCUCUCGGCAAUCGCGUCGGCACUGGCAACGACUUUGACAAGCAGGCGUUGGGAUUCUACACGAAAGCGCUAGCCUCCACCUUCUCUGCCCUGAAGGAUCCCGUCUUGAUGAAGCGAGAUGAAACACUGGCGGCUAUUCUGCUCCUGGGUCUGUUCGAAAACAUUUCUGCGAAAACGCUGGGAAUGUUCGCCUGGAGUUCGCAUACUGAGGGCGCUAUCGAACUCGUCAAGGCUCGAGGACGUGAGCAGCUGCAGUCCAAGAUCGGGCUGGACAUGUUUACUUCUGUCCGUACGCAAAUGAUUAUACACUCCCUCAGUACUGGAAAGGCUCCACCUCUUGAUGUAGACUGGUGGGUAAAGGAUCCCAUUAGUGAUGAAUACCACGUGGAAUUCCUGCAACUUAGCAGCCGCGUCGGAGAGCUGAAAUCCGAAAUCAACAAUCUUCUCGCCACCGUUGCCCGUUCUCCCGACAACACGAAGCUGGUCAAGGAAAAAAUGCAAGUAUGCAAGUCUCUCGACAAGGAAAUUGUGGUCUGGCUGGAGCAACUACCCGACCAGUACGAUUGGAAAACAGUGGCUUGGGAACCUUAUAAUCCAAAAUGCGACUACUCCAAGGCGGAGGUGUUUCCUGGUCGGAUCGACAGAUACGGAGACUUGUGGAGCGUCAACCUUUGGAACGUCAUGCGCUGCCUGCGCAUUGUGCUGGCGUCUCUGACCAUCCGGCUCACUGCGUGGAUCAAUUUCCCGGCUGAUUAUCGAACGACGUCGGAGUAUGCUUCCACAGCGAGAACGGUGGUGGAGCUGGUCGCGCUCGUCAUUGCCUCUGUGCCAUACCAGAUGGGUACAUUCGACAAACGAAAGCACCUGCGCGACAGUGCUUCUCAUUCGGUGUUUGGCUGCGGAGAGGAUUCGUCCGAGAAGAGUUUGGCUGGGUACUUUCUGCUCUGGCCACUCAGUUGCAUUCAAGGCCAAGAUUACCUUACCGACUCGCAAAGAACAUGGGUCAAAGGGCGCUUGAAAGCCAUCGGAAACGGCUUAGGCGUGCGGUAUGGCAAUAUGCUUUCACAGCUCAACGUUCGGAUGCCGUCGAUGCUCAUUCUGCGAGAUCGGCUGAAGAGCAGUCCGCAUAAUCCAGCUUCGACCGAGGCCGCGACCACGGGCGAAACCUUGCAGGCACCAGGGAUGGCGAGCCCAGCAAAUGUGGCGAUCCCGCCGGACCCAUCUGCACCAGGGACGGGUACAUCUGGUGUGGCAGAGCCAUCCAUGGAAGCGCUACAGCAGCAGGAAGCAAUGCACAUGAAGGUGUUGCAGCGACAAACGCAGGCGCUUAUGAUGAAGGCUGUGGAGAAUUCGAACAUGGUUGACGAUUGGACCUUAAGGAAGUGGUUGCAGCUGUAG